UAGCGCGGAGCGCCGGCAGCUCCGCCCGUCUCGCCCUGUCCCACCCACCGCCGCCGCCUCCGGCCCGCCUCCCCAGCCCGCAGACAUCGUCCGUCCCGUCGAUGCCGAGCGGCCGUCGGGUUGGCCGGGCCCGCCGUGUGUGAGGGGCUGCGGGAUGGUGCCAUGGCGCGCCCGACGGGGGAGGAGGCGCAGUCGCGGCGGCGGGAAAGCCCGACGGCCAGCCGGCUGCUGGUCUCCUUCCAGUACGUGCACGUGCAGCUGGGCGGCGGCGCGCCCUGGGGCUUCACUCUACGCGGGGGGCUGGAGCAUGGCGAGCCCCUCAUCGUCUCCAAGGUGGAGGAUGGCGGGAAGGCAGCCUUGUCACAGAAGAUGCACCCUGGGGACGAGCUGGUGAACAUCAACGGGACCCCGCUGUAUGGCUCUCGGCAGGAGGCUCUGAUCCUCAUCAAGGGCUCCUACCGCACACUCAAGAUGAUCAUCAGGAGGAGGAACGUGCCCGUCAUCAGGCCUCACUCAUGGCAUCUGGCCAAGCUGUCCGAGGUCCGGACUGAGACUGCCACCAUGCACUUUCCUGCAGAUGCCUUCAGCCUCUCCUGGCACUCGGGAUGUGACACCAGCGACCUGUCCUUGCCGUGGAACCCGCUGUCGCGCCACUGCAGCACUGACAAGAGCAGCUCCCUCGGGAGCAUGGAGAGUCUGGACCAGCCCAGCCAGACCUACUACGAGGGCAGCCUCUCCCCCAUUGACCAGGCCAUGUACCAGAACAAGCGCGACUCUGCCUACAGCUCCUUCUCGGCCAGCUCUAACACUUCCGACUCUGCCUUGAGACCCGAAGAGAACAGCUCCGCUGAAUAUAUUCAGCAAGGCCAGCUGCCGGACCCCCGCUACCUGCAGACGGGCAGCGAAGGUAGCGAGACGUCGGGCGCCGUCAGCGUGCCUUCCCUGACCGGCCAGCUCAGCCCCAGUGCAAGGCCAGCCUCCUGCACUCAGGAAACUCACUUUCCCAGCUCUGCCAAAGCCUUUGCCCCUCCGCAGCCCCCUGUGAGGCAGGACAGCCUGCGCGCUUGCAACCCCUCUCCAGCCAGCGCAGAGGUACGGGGGGCUUUGCCUCAGGCCGAUUCUUUGCACCCAAAAGGCAAGUGGACCUCAGACAUUUCUCUCUGUGUGCGUGGCAGAGACCCUGAAGGGAUCUGCGGGCAACUGGCCUCUGCGAGCCACACCAAAGAAACCCUUUCCACCGACCAGUACUAUUUGCUGAGCUCCCACGCAGACAGACACCUGCCCAUGGAGAGAGGAGCGCAGAGCAUGGAGUCACUUCUGAAUGAGGAGGGAGGGGUUCCCCCUCCGGAAGAGCCUGCCCAGCGUGCGGACAGCAAGGAGCGUGAGGCUGAGCGAGGCGGCCGGAACAACCUCUCUCCCUUUGCUUGGAAGGCUUGUUGGUUGGGCCACCUGGCUCACCGGCACAGUGCCCCUGAGCAGCUGUUGGCUGCCCAGUUGCAGACUCUGAAUGUAGCCCAUAGCCAGGAGGGACCCCACUGGACAGUUUCUCCACUGCAUGUGGAGAGCAAGACAACCAGAACCCAGGAACCACGGCUGAUUCAAGGCCACAGCAAUCAGAGCCACUCCGGUCAGGAACAAGAGUCGGACCUUUGCCCAGUUUCAGGGGAAGGGCCUUGGUCUCCCGAGAGCAGCCGCACCAUUCAAGAGAGGCCCAGGAGUGCCUCGGUUGAGUUUCCGCCUUCAGGUGACACCCAACCAGGCCUCAAGGCUGUCCCCAGUACAGAUGCUUUAAUGGAAGGGGGACGAGGUGGUGAAGGGAGGCAGCCCGUCGUGAGGAAGGGAGGCUCGGCUCAGCACCGCUCGGCCCAGAUGCGCCGGCACAGCGACCGUUUUGCCACCAAUCUGCGCAACGAGAUCCAAUGGCGCAAGGCCCAACUCCAGAAGGCCAAAGGCUCUGCCAUACUGCUGUGUGGAGAGGAGCCGGUGCAGGAGACGGAGGAGCCCCCCGACAGCCCCACUGCUCCUGCCCCCUCUCCUCCUCCUCUUCCUUCCCCUCCUCCUGCCCCUGCUGCUCCACCCCUCCCAGCAGAAAGCAGGCCACACAGAACCACCGGUCCCAAGCGCUGGGGCUCUGAACUGAGUGUGCUGCAAGGAGCGGUUGAUCCCCAGAGCCCCAGCAGGGUGCCUUCAGAGCCCAAGUGGAAGGCCCCCUUGCUAGAAACUGAGAAGGUCCCAGCAGCCCUGCACCUGCCCUCUGGGGGAAGAGGCCGCUGGCGGUGGUCUCCGGAGCACAAAUUGCAGCCCCACUCUCAGAGCCCCCAGGGGCCGGGGCCAGGCUCACCAUCGCGGCCUGCAGAAGAAUCUGGCCUCCUGCCUUUUGCUGACAGGCGGAAGUUCUUUGAGGAGACAAGUAAGGCUCCAGCCCCCGUGCAUGCAGCCUUCCACCGCAGCAGGCCCGGAAGUCUGCAUCCAAGAGAGGUGGACCCAAACUCUUUCCAGCCAGUGAGUUCUGAGCACAGGGACCAGCGCCGGCACUCCAUGGACCACUCCUACGGCUCGCCGUCCUCCCCUCCCAUCUACCCGGAGUUCCGAUCAGAGGUGUCUGGGUUUUACAAGCCACUGGCCCGGCACAGAGACUGUGAGUGUUGGCGGUCCCUUCCCUGUGCUUGUGCGACCCGAGAGGCCUGUGCCUACUGCUGUGGGGAGAGAUGUCCCGCCUUGCUUCAGAGGAACAUGCCAGCGCCAUCCAGCCAUUAUGCCCACCACUGCCAUCAUCGCCCCUGGGCCCGCUGCACUGACUGCUGCUGCCCAGCUCAGCACAAGCUCCUGGAGGAAGGAGGUCCCUGGCAGGGCAGGAAGACCUUCCCGCAGGAAUUUCCCGUGGAUAACUGGGAGCCCCCGGCAAUAAACAGAAAGAACAGCCAGUCAAUGAGCGAGCUGGCACAGCAGAAGAUGGGCUUUGUGAGGGUAGGACCCUUCCGGGCCUGCUCAGAAAACUUUGAGCCAGAGUGGGCUCCUUUCUGCCGGGCUGUGUCCACUCACAGCCUCUCUUGGGAUGGCGAGAGGCCAGGCCGAGCUGUGGAGGAGGAGGAGGGCGCCUACGAGGAGGGUGCCGCUGAACCACGCAAGCACCCACUGCGCGAGAGGGCGUAUUCUGAAAGCCAUCUUUGCGGGGAGUCAGGCAGUGCUUCUAGAAGACAGAGGCGAGAGGCCCCACUGGCCAAGUUGGAGGAGUUGCCUUGCAUGACCAGAAAGAAGGGGCCGCCCCCUCCACGACCCCCACCCCCAAAGUGGGAGAAGUACCACCCACGCCAUGCCUUCUGCCACCAGCCGCUUUCCACUGAGGCUGGCCUGGCGGCAGUCCCAGAAGACUCUCACGCCUCCAGCCAGGACAGCACAGCAAUGGCCAGGCAACGGUCUCAGAGCCUGCCCCUGGAGCAGCUCUGGCAUGAUGUGGCCCGGGACCCCCAGCCCAGGCCUCAGGGGUCCCCUUUGCCCAAGGAGCAGGGAAACCUUCACUACUAUUGCCGUGGCUCACCACGUGGGACUCCAGAGUGGCCAACUCCAGACUUGGGUGGCGAGAGUGACUCUUCCAGGCCAGCGAGUUCCCUGGCAGAGGAAGCAAAAGCCGAGCUCUCGUGGGAUAAGGAGCAGAGCGCAGCGUCUAGCAGAGACCCAGAGCAGCCAGCAGUCAGCCCCUCCAGUCUGUGCUCCAAAGACUACGAGUCCAUGCAAGCGGGUGCUGGAGGAGACGGCUGUCAUCCAGGCACAGCAAGUCCAGCACCGCCCUUCCACCUGAACUCUGAAGAGCUGAUGAGGGAUGUGGCAGGCAGGGACCGUUCUCUGGCAGGUGUGCUGAAUCCAUCCUUAGGGCCAGUGACAGCAGCCGAGGUGAUGAGCGACCUCUUCUCCCCCGGCAAGUGCGAGAUGUGGAAGAGGCAGGACUGGAAACCGCAGGUGGCUGGCAAGGAACUUCCUGAGAGGCAUCCAGCUCAGCCUGCCUCUCCAACCUCAGCAGGCACCACCUGUUCAGCCUAUUACAGCCUGUCAUCAGGAAAGGCCGAGUUGCUGAACAAGAUGAAAGAGCUUUCAGGAGCCAGUGCAGAAGAGGAGGAGCCGGACCACGAUCUGGCCCAAAAAAAGGUGCAGCUGAUUGAAAGCAUCAGCCGGAAGCUGGCGGUGCUGCAGGAGGCCCAGCGGGGCUUGCAGGAUGACAUCAAUGCCAAUGUAAUCCUGGGCAAAGAAGUGGAGAGUCACGUCAAGGGGGUCUGCAAGCAGCACGAAUUUGAGAAGUUCCGCCUCUUCAUCGGAGACCUGGACAAAGUAGUCAACCUGUUUCUCUCGCUUUCCGGGAGACUGGCCAGGGUGGAGAAUGCCCUUAGCAACCUGGACUCUGAUGCUCCAGAGGAAGAAAAGCUGGCCCUGCUGGAGAAGAAGCGUCAGCUGACAGCCCAGCUAGAGGAUGCCAAAGAGCUGCAGGAGCACGUUGCUCAGCGGGAGAGCGUGGUCUUUGCCAGCGUGUCGCGCUGCCUGCCCAGCGAGCAGCUGCAGGACUACCAGCAUUUUGUGCGCAUGAAAUCAGCGCUCGCCAUCCAGCAGCGGCAGCUGGAUGACAAAAUCAAGCUAGGCGAGGAGCAGCUCCGCUGCCUGCGUGAGAGCCUGCGCCGGGUGCCCUGGGACUGCUAGCGGAGCCCUGCGUGGUGGCCUCCAGGAGGGACACGCCGGGAGGAGGCCUCCCAUGUGCCAAAGGAGUCCCCCCUUGGAGAGAUGCCGGCUGCCCUGCCUGUCCUGGACUGCUUGCCAUCUGCUGCCUUCUCGCGCUCAGGAUAAUCCUCUUUGCCAAAGACUCUGCCAUGCCAGAAAACUGUAUCACCUUCUUUCAUGGGGGAAGGAAGGGCUCACCAAAGUGUCAGGACUCAGGCUGUGUACCUGGGAUGGACGGUUACACCUGCUCAAAAACAGGAUGGUGGGAUUCCUGGAGCAACACUGGAAGGGCGAUCAUGGGGCAGUUCAACCUCUCUCCUAGACUUCUAUAGGCUGUGCCAGGGAAACCAACUCCUUUCUGCCCCGUGUGGUAUCUGCAUUGCCAAGCAGAGGGCAAAGGUGCCUGCAAGCAAUUGUGUCCUCUCAACCUGGCUGUGGUUCCACAUCUCAUGUGCCUGAUAACACUUGGGGCUCUCUGUUUCUCCUGUUCUAUUUAUUUUCCGAACUAAUUUUGUUUAUUAAAAAAAGGAAAGAAA